AGAAACAUUGGAUAUUGGAUAAGAUGAGCACCACAGCCACAACUUUCCCUUCUUGCUCCUUCAAACAAUGCAACCUCUCAACAACAACAGAAACCACAACCCUCUCACAGAAAUCAGUCCUAGAAAUCCUAAACAAAAAGUGCUUCAACUCACUCCAACAUGUAAGACAGUUACAUGCCAUCACACUAAGAAAUGGUCACUUCCAAGACCACUAUGUAUCAGGCACCUUACUCAAGUGCUACUCCAACCCUCACUUCAGCAACUUCAACACUGCAAUCAGAGUCUUUGAAACAAUCCAAAAACCCAAUGUGUUUGUGUGCAAUGUCCUCAUCAAAGGGUCCUUGGACAAUGGGGACCCACUUGUAGCCAUAACUUGUUAUCACAACAUGCUUCUCUUGUGGGACUCUAGGCCUAACAUGUUCACUUACCCAACCUUGCUUAAGGCUUGUGCCAUUACUGGUUCUCUUAAGGAAGGUUUUCAGUUUCAUGCACAUGUGUUCAAGUUUGGCUUUGGUGCUGAUAAUCACAUCAAGAGUGCUGCCAUUCAAAUGUAUGCAUCAUUUGGACUUGUUGAAGAGGCAAGGAAGAUGCUUGAUGAGAAUGGUGAAACUGAUGUGAUUUGUUGGAACGCAGUGAUUGAUGGAUAUUUUAAGUGUGGUGAAGUGGAAGCUGCUCAUGAGCUGUUUGUGAAAAUGCCUAAGAAGAAUGUUGCUUCAUGGAACACAAUGAUAACAGGGUUUGCUAGGUGUGGGAAGAUUGAGAAUGCAAGGAACAUGUUCGAUGAAAUGGAUGAGAGAAAUGAGAUAUCUUGGAGUGCCAUCAUUGAUGGUUAUAUAAAACAAGGGUGUUUCAAGGAGGCAAUGGAAGUUUUCCACAAAAUGCAGAGAGAAAAGGUGAAGCCAAAACAGUAUUUGUUACCAAGUGUCGUAGCAGCUUGUGCCAAUUUGGGGUCUCUAGAUCAAGGUAGAUGGAUUCAUUCAUAUGUAGAAAGGAAUUCGUUUCAGCUGGAUGGAGUUUUAGGCACUGCUUUGGUUGAUAUGUAUGCAAAAUGUGGCCGUCUUGACAUGGCGUGGGAAGUGUUCGAGAAGGUGAGAAUGAAACAAGUGUCUACUUGGAAUGCCAUGAUUUGGGGGCUCUCGAUCCAUGGAAGAGCCGAGGAUGCGAUUCAGCUCUUGACCAAGAUGCAAGAGGAGAAGCAGAAGCCAAAUAAGGUGACUCUGUUGGGUGUUCUAAAUGCUUGUGCGCAUGCUGGAAUGGUUGAAAGAGGAAUAGGAUUAUUAAAUUCAAUGAAGGAAGUGUAUGGAAUUGAGCCUCGGGUGGAGCAUUUCGGCUCUGUGGUUGACCUCCUGGGAAGAGCUGGACUUGUAAAUGAGGCAGAGAAGUUAAUAGAAUCAAUGCCAAUGAAGCCUAAUGCAGCUGUUUUGGGAGCACUUUUGAAUGCAUGCAGGAUACAUGGAAAUGUUGAGUUAGGAGAACAAUUAGGGUGGAUUUUACUGGACAUGGAACCUCAGAACAGCGGCCGUUACUCGCUGCUAUCGAACAUUUAUGCGAAAGCAGGACGAUGGGACGAUGUAACUAGAGUUAGAAAGUUGAUGAAGGAAAGAGGAAUUAAGACUAUUCCUGGAAGUAGCAUGAUAGAUUUGCACGGCACGGUUCAUGAAUUCAAGAUGGGAGAAGGUUCUCACCCACAAAUGAAGGAAAUUUAUGUUAUGUUAGAAAAUGUGAUGGAGAAGUUGAGGAAUGAAGGGUAUUCACCAAACACCACAAUGGUGUCCUUUGACAUUGAAGAGGAAGAGAAGGAAACUGCACUUAAGCAGCAUAGCGAAAAGAUUGCGCUUGCUUUCGGACUAAUUCAUACAGAACCAGGGACGACGCUGCGCAUUGUGAAGAAUCUAAGGGUGUGUGAGGAUUGCCAUUCUGCAUUCAAGCUAGUUUCUCGAGUUUAUAACCGCGAUAUUAUCAUGAGAGACCGUGCACGCUAUCAUCAUUUCAGAAAUGGUGUGUGUUCUUGCAAGGAUUUUUGGUAAGGUGUUUAAAACAGACCAUGUUAAGACAAUUAGAAACUAAGUUGAGUUUGGUUCAAACUGUGAAAGAAGAGAAAUUGCUUUUACAGUAUUAUUGAACAUACACAUAUACAUAGUUAUGUAUUAUUUUGAAGUA